AUGGCAGGCGCGCCCCUCAUCAGUACACAAUUCAAGGAAGCCUUCAGCAUGCUCGACAAGCAGGGCAAAGGUCACAUCAAUGAACAAGAUUUGACUGAAAUGUGGGUCUCACUAGGCCAACCCAAAUCACAAGCAGAACUCAAGGCCAUGAUGGCGAGUAUGCCGCAACUGCCCGGUGGUGGUGUUAGCUUCACUGCUUACUUUGCAAGCAUGUCGGCAUUACUCACGGAUAUGUCGUCGCGUGAGGAAUUGGUGGAGUUGCUCGCUAGCUUUGACGAAGGUCACGGCGGCAAGAUUGAUGUUGCAGAAUUGCGCGAAGCCUUGACGAGUGGGUAUGAUGCAUUGACGGAUGCGGAAGUGGACAGAGCAAUCAAAGGCUACACACGCGCCGGUCAAUUCAACUAUCAGCUCUUCGUUGAAGCACUGGCGGGAUCAGCGCAAUGA